AUGUCUUCAUUCACUCAUAAUGUACAGACGCCGCUGGAGGAGAAGUCUCUGACAAACUUACCGUUAAACCUAUUAUUCCGAAUAUUGUCUCACCUGGAUAUGAAUGAUUUACAAAGCAUAGGGAAAACUUGCACCUUGCUGAGGAUGCUGGCAAAUGAAAACAUUGUUUACAGAAAUGCUGUGAUUGGUUCAAACGGGAAUAUGUGGUGGACCAAAAAUGUCCUUGUUGAUAUCUUUGAUGUUUUGAACCUCAAUAGAAAGGCAAUGCGAACCUUGAAUAAUCACAACAUUUCCCUAGUUGCAUCAUUACGGAAUGUUCAGCGAAAAUAUAAACUAGGUGUUGUGGAUACGGCUAGAAAGUCAAUAAGUCACGGACCGAAUGAGGUCGAGAGCAAAGAAAAUGCCUCUGUGAAAGAUUUAAAUAUGCAUUUGAGCGAACGCACGGAAAUAUCAAGGGAACAAAUCGCUCAUACGGCAAUACUUCAAGGAAUGAAUCAGUUUAUCGAGCUAAAUGAUAAGGCAUUUAGGACGCAUUCGGCAGAUUCGGAUGACACAUACAUAGAGGAGAACUAUGAUGAAAUACAUUCUCUUCAUGAGUUAGAGAAAAAUACAACCUUUGAGGAAGAUUUACUCAAAAAGCCGCCCCUCACCCCAUCCCCAACAUUUUCUAACUAUUCUAGAAGCUCAACAAAUUCAGUAUUUUCAAGUUCCUCUCCCAAACUACUGGACGAUGAUUGGAAUAAUAUUACAACUGAUUUCACUAGGCCACGAGAUCCUGACUACAAAGAGGUGACGCCUACAUCUACCGAAUCGUCUGACUCAAUCACAAGGUUGAGAAAAUCUAGUAAAGUCAAAGAUAAGGCCGAACUUUUUGAAAAAUUAAUAUUUAGAGAUAGCAGGCCAUUAAAAACCAAGAAAAAAGAUAAUCCAAGGAUGAAAUUACCCAGUUCGUUAAGUGUUAACGACGAAGAUUUCAGAAAAAUCAUAAGUCCUCCUUCUGAAGUACUACCGAAAGUUGGUAGAAGGAGCGUCUCAAGAGGUUAUUUAGAGGAAAUUGAAAGGCAUUGUCCCGAUUAUACGAGUGAAACAGGUAAUCCUCUGUCAAUUAAAAGAGUCAACAGUAGAAAGAUAGCAAAUUAUGAACAAUUAAUAAUGAAAGAAAAUAGCCCGAACUGUAAAAGAGUAACAGAGAAAAAUGAUGAAAACAGAUUUCAAAGAAGCCACACUUCCCCAGUAAUAGAAUCAUCCAAACCUCAUCAAAGAAGCAAAUUAAAGGCCGUUGUUACAAACGGUAAUAAGAUAUCCUAUCGGAAAAUCGAUUUGGAAAUUCCCAGUAAUUCGAACACGAAUGAUUAUGUUAUCAGACAGCUUGAUGCUAAUACUAAUUCUGAUAUAUAA